AUGCCGCCAACAAUUUCGCCAGAGGCCAUUAUACAGUGGGGAAAGAGAUUGUUGUUGUAUGAUUGGACGGAGUCAAGAAGUUGGCUGAUAAUUGCACAGGCUUCACCAUCUAUCCUUCUCCACAGGUAUUAUUCUAUGUGUGAGCAUGUAGAGAAACUGGCAGAAGAGAUAAAGGAAGGGGCUGCAUCUGUUGAAGGAGUUGAAGCUAAAAUAUGGCAGGUCCCUGAGACAUUACCAGAUGAGGUGCUAAAGAAAAUGAGUGCACCUCAAAAGAGUGAUGUUCCUAUCAUCACACCUAGUGAACUUCCUGAGGCUGAUGGAUUUGUAUUUGGCUUUCCCAUAAGGUUUGGUAUGAUGGCUGCCCAAUUCAAAGCAUUUCUUGAUGCAAUUGGAGGCCUUUGGAGAACACAUCACCUUGCUGGGAACCUGCUGGGAUCUUCUAUAGCACUGGGUCUCAAGGCAGUCCCUGGGACAUUACCAGAUGAGGUGCUAAAGAAAAUGAGUGCUCCUCAAAAGAGUGAUGUUCCUAUCAUCACACCUAGUGAACUUCCUGAGGCUGAUGGAUUUGUAUUUGGCUUUCCCAUAAGGUUGACUGCUAUCACUCAGCUGGUUCACCACGGAAUGAUAUUUGUGCGCAUUGGAUACAUUUUUGGAGCUGACAUGUUUGGGAUGGAGAAAGUUAAAGGAGGAAGUCCUAAUGGUGUUGGAACUUUUGCUGGUGAUGGUUCGGGACAGCUAUCCAAGCUUGAAGUAGAAAAGGCUUUUCACCGAGGGAAGUACAUUGCCAUCAUCACCAAGAAAAUGAACGGGGCUGCCUGA